AUGAUCCCAAAUGGCACUAGUCGCGAGCCAUCUCCUGAGGUUGAGCUUCGGCCGUACGAUCCAUCCGCUCUGCCGGACUACGACACCGAGUUUAUCACUCAAGAAGAGCUUGACAGCUUUGCACAGGCCUUAAGUGCGCCGACGACCGAAUCCGUCACUGCUCUCAAUGACUGGGGUCCGGUCCGUCAGAAGGUCAAGAAAAACCGGGCCCGACGUAGAACACCGAGACGGACCAAGGAUGAAACAAGGGAAGGCUUUGUGUAUACCCUUCUGUAUUAUCCACUCCUACUGUUUGUCUGCGGCUGGAUCGUGGUGCUGUUCAUCAUUUAUAACCUGACUCGCCUCUACAUCUACGUCUACGAGCACCUCUUCUCAUGGAGGGGCCGAAGGGAGACGCUCCGGCGACGGCUGCAGCACGCAAACACCUACAAUGAAUGGCAAGCUGCCGCCCACCAGCUCGACGUAUAUUUGGGGAACGAGGAGUGGAAGCGGUCAGAUCCAUAUUCCUACUACAACCACCAGACCAUCAGAAAGGUGACCUCUCAGCUACUCGAACUCGAUACUAAGGUCCGGGCAGAGGAAAUUGUGGGAGGGCCUGGCAAAGGUGGUUCUGCAGCUUUGGAAGAAUUAAAGUCCCUGCUCGAAAGUUGCGUCAAGAGCAAUUUCGUCGGCAUUGAGAACCCGCGGCUAUACAGCGAAAGCUACAUUGGCACCAAGCACCUCAUCCAGUCCUUUAUCGACCAGGUCGAGAAGUCACUGAGGACCAUUUUGAACAGCAAGCGCUUGAACGACAAAGACAAGGUGUCCUUCUUUCGCCAUCUUGAGCUGAACUAUGGGCGUACAGCCCUGUGUCUCUCCGGUGGAGCGACUUUCGCAUAUUAUCAUUUUGGAGUUGUGAAGGCACUGCUUGAAACAGGGCAACUACCCGAAAUCAUUACCGGAACCUCUGGAGGUGCAUUAGUCGCCGCUCUGGUGGCGACGCGAACGGACGAAGAGCUGAAGCAGCUCCUGGUCCCGGCCUUGGCGUACCGUAUCAGGGCAUGCCACGAGAGCUUUCCUACCUGGGCUCGGCGCUGGUGGCGAACGGGUGCACGAUUCGACUCCAUUGACUGGGCUAGACAGUGUAGUUGGUUCUGUCGAGGAUCCCUCACCUUCCGAGAGGCCUACCAGAGGACGGGUCGCAUUCUGAAUGUUACCUGCGUCCCGUCCGAUCCUCAUUCACCCACCAUAUUGAACAAUCAUAUCACAAGUCCGGAUUGUGUGAUAUGGUCUGCUGUCCUCGCUUCUGCCGCGGUUCCCGGAAUCCUCAACCCGAUUGUGCUGAUGCGAAAGACUAAGACCGGCUCAUUGGUCCCGUACUCGUUCGGCAACAAGUGGAAAGACGGUAGCCUGCGAACGGACAUCCCGCUGAAAGCUCUCAAUCUCCACUUCAACGUCAACUUCUCCAUUGUCUCCCAAGUCAAUCCGCACAUCAACCUGUUCUUUUUCUCACCUAGAGGAGAGCCGGGUCGGCCAGUGACGCACCGCAAAGGCCGUGGUUGGCGAGGGGGUUUCCUCGGAUCCACCAUUGAGACUGCGGUCAAGUUGGAUCUGCAAAAGUACUUGAAGAUUCUCAGACACUUAGAGCUGUUGCCGAGACUGAUGGGUCAGGAUUGGAGCGAGAUCUGGUUGCAAAGAUUCUCCGGAACGGUCACCAUCUGGCCAAAGACCGUCCUUAGCGACUUUUGGUAUAUUCUCAGCGACCCCACUCCGCAGCGUCUCGAUCGUAUGAUCAGAGCUGGCGAACGCAGUUGUUGGCCCAAGAUCAGAUUCAUCUCGAAUCGCAUGAAAGUGGAAAAAGUGAUCCUGGAAGGGCUCAGGAAGGCGGGGCCAGUCGACGACGGCCACCGCUUUUUAAAUCCGGUGCAGGAGCAGCAGGCACAGGAAGGGAAUCUGCGUUCUAGACGCCGACCGAACGACAGCAUCUCAUCGACGGAAGACGGCCAUUUCGAAUUUCACGCCCCGAUACCACGCAGACAAAGCAGCAUGCUCCAGGAAAUAUCCCGUCAAGCCUCGGUGUUAUGGCACGAUGACGGCCCAACCGAAGGCGAGGAAGACGCUGUCAGCACUACAGAAGAGGACGAGUACGAGCACGAGCGGCCGCUGAGUAGCGACGGCUUCACUGCUGAAUCAUAA